AUGCAAACUUCAAGCACCCUCUCCCGAGCGGAGACAUGGCGUCUGCUGCUCCUCGCGGGAGCUGGCCUCGGCAUCCUGGUCAACACGUUCCAAGGUGAUGGCGCACCGCUGAUAGCCUCAAUCGCUCUAGCCGCCAUUGCAUUUGCGGUCGCAUUCAGCAUGAUUCGAUGGCUCGGACCUGUGUUUAUCAAGGCGGGCUUGAAGGGAAAGGAUAUGGCCAAACCUAGAAAACCUGAAAUACCGGAAACGAUGGGCGCCGUCUGUGCCGUUGUGUAUCUACUAUCACUGAUCGUCUUUAUUCCCUUUGCCUUCUAUAAGGACAUUGUCGCUGCAACUUCCGGCGGAGGAAAUCGAGAUGUAGUGAUUGAAGACCAGCAUAUCGAGACUGGUCGGUACCUGCAUCGAUUCCCUCAUGGCAGGCUCGCAUCUUACUUGUCGGGUUUACUGUCUCUGCAAUCUAUCGUCAUUCUUGGGAUCGGGGACGAUCUUCUCGAUAUUCGCUGGAGACACAAAGUCUUGAUUCCUGCAUUUGCAGCAAUUCCCAUGCUUAUUGUGUACUUUGUCGACUUUGGUGUGACACAGGUCGUUGUACCGGUCCCUCUGCAACGGUAUUUGGGUGAUUUCAUUGAUCUCGGAUGGCUGUACUACAUGUACAUGGCAGCUGUGGCAAUCUUCUGCCCGAAUGCUAUCAAUAUGCUGGCAGGAAUCAAUGGCAUUGAAGUUGCUCAGUCACUCGUCAUUGCGAUUCUUCUUCUUUUUAACGAUGCGAUGUACCUGGCACCCAUCACGCCAUACCCGCACCCGGCAACUGACUCGCAUCUUUUCUCCAUCUACUUUUUGCUACCUUUUAUUGGAGUUUCAGCUGCGCUUUUGUGCCACAACUGGUAUCCCUCGAGAGUCUUUGUUGGUGAUACCUAUUGCUACUUCGCAGGCAUGGUGUUUGCUGUAGUGGGUAUUUUGGGACAUUUCAGUAAGACCCUUUUGCUACUUUUUGUCCCGCAGAUCUUCAACUUCCUUUAUUCGACACCUCAAUUAUUCCAUUUAAUACCUUGUCCCCGUCAUCGACUGCCAAAAUUCAAUGCCUCGACCGGUCUUCUGGACGCCUCUGUUACGGAAUGGACCAUCCCCCCAUCGCCAUUGAUUGCUAUGGCGCUCAACGUCUUGCAUCGAGUACGGCUUGUGCGUGUCACAAAGAAUGAAGAAGGGCAGAUUGUUGAGUCUACGAACCUGACAAUUCUCAAUCUUUGGCUUGUGUGGAUGGGACCGAUGCGAGAGGAUCGACUUGCGUGGCACAUGGUCGCGGUUCAGACUGUUUGCGGAUUCAUUGGCCUGUUUGUGCGCCAUCGUCUCGCUUUGCUUGUUUUCAAUCGAGAUAAUCGCACGUUUGGCUCUAUUGUAUAA